AGUAAUAUGAGACAGACGUGUACCUCAUACAGUACAUAAACGCACGUAAUUGUGAUGUUUUUUUUUAUAAAAUAACAAAAACAUAACACAUAUACAGCCGUAACAAGGUUCGCGUAUUGUCGUGAUUUCGUGAUUAUUUAUGUUAAGUGCAGUGUUGCUGUUUUAAAAAUGAGGAUCACGAAUACGCACGCCAUUAUAAGCAAUGAAGUGCGGAAGACUUUUCAGCAAUAGAAAUCACGACUGAAUACGAACGAACGAAUUCCUUAUUAGAAAACGGCGCCUAAUGUUAUAAUGUGUUCAUCUGAUAUUAAAUAUAACUAACGGUCUAAUACUUUAACGUUAUUUCGUUAAAACGCUUAUCGUUUAUUUGCUAAUAAAUAACGUUAUGUUUAAAACGUAACAGUUUAGAGUGAGACAGAGCUACGUUCCCGAAAUAGUGCGUUCGAAAAUAGAGAAAAAAUGCCGAGCUCGGGAUCAGUGAGGGACGACGAGGCGGCGGGAGGCAACGCCGCUCGAUGGUGGCAGACACCAUGGAAAGCCAUGGCUGACCUAGCCGAAGCGGUUGACGACCUUAUAUGCAGCUUCGAUUAUAUGGACACAGCCAUGGAUAAUUUAGUGAUGUUAAUAUUUAUAUGGGUGUUAUUCUCCAUCGUACUGCUGGGUAUAGCGAAAUGGGCGUACGGCAGGUUCAGCAAGAAACCAGUGGAGGUAGAAGCGAAACCGCAGAAAACGAUCGACGAGAAGAAAUCAACAGCGAACGAAAUAAUAAAUAGUGCGGAUAGCGUGUUAGCAACUAGUGCUAAAGUUAAAAGUGGUGCUUUCAAACCUAGCAAGCCGAGUGGUUUCGUGCCAGCCACGCCGCCGAAUAAGAAACGGUUGGGCCGUAUGUCCCCGGGGCCUGAGCAGUUGAAUUUAAAAAAACAUCAGAGUAUCAUAGUACCGACGUGCACGGGCCCCGACCCGCCGAGUGUGCAAUGGGUGAAUGAACUAUUAACGUGGUUAUAUAACGAUCUGGUUAUUGUGAAUGAACUAGUGCAGCAAUGGAUUGUCUCCAUGAACGAGUUCUCGAAGAAGUCCGUCGAAGAGCAAGGCAUCGGAGUGGAAUUGGUGCGCGCUCUCGACACCCACCCGCCAACCAUCUCCAACGUGUUCUGCGAAUGUGACUCCAGGGAUGAUGUUACUAUCACGUGCGAUUGUGAGGCGACGCCGGCGUUUCAGCUGAAAGCGUUCAGUCAACGUGGAGAGAAAGUUGAAGUCUCGCAUUACAGAGUCAACGUUAACAAAUUCCGCGCCCGCCUGAAUGUUGUGUGCGUGACAGACAAACUGACAGGCGAACUGAAAUGCGACGGGUGGCCAGAAGUGAAAGUUGCGUUGGCUCCGGUGGGACCUCUAAGACCCAACGCUACAGAAAGCAACCUACAACAGCUAGUCAGCGACAUAGUAGUGAGUGCUCUACGCAACAUACAGUUAGAGUUCAAUUUGGCCCAAUACCCGACAUGUCCGAGACUCAGGAGGUAUGUGGACACCGCUCCACGCCUGCCUCUUCAUUAUGACUCUAUGCUGCAACAUGACCGUCAUAUGUACACAUCAACACCUAACUCGACGGCCGGCUGCGUUCAGCUCUUAGGAGACAAACGGCUGCUUGUGAAGGUCGUCAACGCUAAAGAUUUGGGAGGUAAAUCCGGAUGCAUCGCACCAUAUUGCGUGGUGGAGAUGGACGAACCACCACAGAAAAAUCAGACGGCGUUCAAGAAGGAUACCACCAGUCCUCAGUGGGAGGAACAUUUCCUAUUUGAUCUCUCUUCACAAACUGCAGAGCUUCUGUUCGAAGUGUACGAUCGUACCGGACCACCUUCUCCAGGUGGCGGCUCUGCACAACACAGGUUCCUAGGUUUAGGUUUGGUGGGCAUCGAUGAGCUGUUGGCAGCACCGUCACAACGCCAGCAGAUAGCGUUGCAGACCAGGCCCAUGGAAGAACAUGAUAUCUCUGGCACACUCACGGUUGAGUUCCUGUUCAUUGAAGGCGCUGACAUUCCGGAUUUGGGCUCGAGGCCUGUGAAGAUCAAGGAAAGUCUCCGCACCGUCUCGCCGCAAGGCCACCUCACCACUACCACCAAGACCAUAUUCAAACAAAAUGGUCAUGAAAAUUCUCAACUCACAGAGUCAGCUUUAAGAGAAUUAGAACUGAGUCCAGCCAACGCCGCCAACAAGUCUACUUUGAUCAUCCACUCAGUACAAAGGGAGCCAAAGAAGUCUAUAAAGGUCGAACUAACUGAUUCGGGAAAAUUCAUCGAAGUGGAACGCGACGACUCGCAGACUACGGCGCCCGAUACCACAGAUAAUACAGAGAGUGACAUAGAUAAAUCACUGCCGGCUAGUCCAAACAUGUCACCGGCUAAAAGUGUUAGGAUCAAAGAAAACGGUUCUAAAGUUAAUGGAAAUAAGGAUGCGCAAGGCGAUUACGUGAACAAUCCCAAUGAAAAUGUCCCUCCAGAGCCCGCACCGCGCAAGAGACGUCGAGACUUUUUCGGAACAAUCAAGAGAAGGCUCGGCCGGUCACGUACCCGUGGACAAUCUUUAGAUCUCCCAGAUUCGGAGGUCGACAAUCCUAACCAUAUUCGUAGCGUCAGCGCGGAAAGAAAUAGCCACGAUAAAGCUCUAACCCUCCCGAAUAGAAAUGUAUACUCUGCCGGAGCGUCACCCGCGCAGUCUGGCGAUGAGUCUAGGACUUCUAGAAGUGAGGUAUCCGGAUUCAGCACAGCAUCAGCAAGGACGUUCAUCCAUGAAGCGUCUACUCUAGUCCUCGAGACCAUCGAAGCAGGCAUCAAGAAGCACUACCUAGUGCCUCUGACUGUCGCCCAGCGCUCCAGGUGGAGACGGAAGGGCGUUAAACUCCAUAUUUAUAAUGAGCAUACGUUUAUCGCUAGACAUCUUAGCGGUGGAACAGUAUGCGAGGUAUGCAACAAGACGAUAGCGCGGCGGCUCGGCAAGCAAGGCUACGAGUGCCGCGACUGUCAGCUCAAAUGCCACAAACACUGCCACAUCAAAGUGCCAGGAACUUGUCCGCGCUCUACCGUGCACAAUAUGGAGCUGACAUACAUCCAAUCACCGUAUGCGGACAAGAAUAUAAGAAUGUUGUGACUUUAAAACAAUGGCGCUUAUUGAUGCACAAAGCUAUACUCAUGGGCUUACCCAGCAGGGAGAAUAGGGGGAGGAGAAGCAAGGUUUGCUUCUAGCCUAGAUGG